AUGAAUUUUAUCGCACAGAUUCUUGCACUGUUAUUUUCUCUCUCAAGUCUAUCAUCUUCUUCCGAUGCUUGUCAUAAUGAUAAAACCCUAAUCAGAAGCAGCUUCAGCGUCGACCUUAUUCAUCGAGACUCAGUUUUCUCACCAUUUUACAACUCUUCUCUGUCACGUUCACAGAUCAUAAUGAAAGCAGCGAGGCGAUCGGUUUCUCGAAUCAAACACUUUCGCGAUCGGACUGGUGGUGGUGGUAAUGGAGCUGUGAUAACUCCGAACAGAGGAGAUUAUCUGAUGAAGAUGUUCAUGGGGACGCCAUUGGUGGAGCUUCAUGCAGCAGCAGACACAGGAAGCGACCUCGUUUGGGUUCCGUGCUUGCCUUGUGGAGGUUGUGAUCCCCAGAACGCGUUUGAUCCUGCAAAAUCUUCCACUUUCAUGGUGCUGACUUGUGAUUCCCAGCCCUGUGCCUCCUUACCCAGACAUUCCUGCGGAAAUUCAAAUCAGUGCAGGUACUUCUAUAAAUAUGGAGACCAAUCAUUCUCUACAGGAGACUUAGCCACAGACACAAUCAACUUCGGCAACGCUGUUUCGUCUCCUUCAACUGUGAUUGGAUGUGGACACGACAAUCAGUUCGAAGACAACACAGGAAUCGCAGGUCUAGGUGGCGGUCCUCUCUCUCUUAUUUCCCAACUCGGCGAUCAAAUCCGCCAUAAAUUCUCCUACUGUCUCCUCCCUUUCUCCUCCAACACCAACAGCAAACUCAAGUUCGGCGACGAAGCAACGACCUCUUCAUCCCCAAACAACGAUGACGCCAUCGUCUCCACUCCUCUGUUCACCAAAACCCCGACAACCUUUUACUAUGUCAAUCUCGAAGGUGUCACCGUUGGGCACAAGACUGUUCAGACAGGUCAAACUGGAGGAAACAUAGUGAUUGAUUCGGGCACGACGUUGACGGUGCUUGAAUCUGGUUUUUACAGUGAGCUUAGAGACGCAGUGAGAGAAGCCGUUGGGGUUGAACCGGUGACGAACCCACCUGAUCCGUUGGACUUGUGUUUCCGAUAUGAGUCUGAGAUGGGAGAAGGUCUUGAGUUUGUGUUGCAUUUCACGAAUGCUGAUAUGAGAUUGCACAGUGGGAACAUGUUCAGCAUUGAGGAUGAUUUGCUUUGCUUGCUUGUUAUCCCCAGUGACAGUAUUUCGAUUCUGGGAAAUAUUGCUCAGAUCAAUUUUCAGGUGGCAUUUGAUCUUGCAGAACAGAAAGUUUCUUUUGCUCCUGCUGAUUGUACAGCUAUCUAGAAAUAUGGGAAUUCUUAUAUGCAAGACUCAGAUCUUUGAAAGUCUGAGAUGAACAUGAGUUUGUGGAUAUCCACUCAUGUCAUGUCUUGUCUCAGAAAGAUGCUUUUCUCUUUCACUCUGCUGGAAGAAAAGCACAGUUGCUGGGUUCUCUCUUUCAAAUGAAAGUAAGCAAGCAACACUUUUAGAA